CGGAGAAAGAGACCAUCAGAACUGCGUACACCAAGAUGCUGGAUGCUUAUGGGAUCCUGGGAGUUCUUCGUCUUAACCUUGGGGAUUCUAUGCUGCACAGCCUGGUGGUCGUAACAGGCUGCAGUUCAGUGGGAAAAGUCCAGGAUUCAGAAGUUUUCCGAGUAACGGGCACUGACUUUGUCUCUCUGAAAAACGACCCCUCGGAUGAGGACCGCAUUGCUGAUGUCAGGAAAGUCUUAAAUUCUGGUAACUUCUAUUUCGCCUGGUCCUCCACCGGAGUGAGUCUGGACCUCAGCUUGAUAAAAAAACCUGGUUCCUUGGCUCCUCAGGCUGAGCAUGAUGGACAUUCUUUAUUCCUCAUGAGUCACUGCUCUGUUCCCUGGAGUGCUGAGUCAGGUCGUGAUGAGAGGAAGUAG